AUAAAAUAAUUUUUCAUUAAAACGGUUACCUCUUAAGUUCCUCUGCUUAUAAGCGCGUGAUCCUCACGCAUUAUUCUAACUUUGAAACUUUGUUUCUUAUAACAAUAGCAGUGUAGUUUGAAGAAAGAAUAAGACGAAACCCAAAAAUGGAUGAAAAUGGUUCAAAGAAAAAGAAAAAUUCAGGUCGUGGCGUAUCUGGUCCCACAAAUCCAAUGGUAACGCCUCUUCUGACAGAUCACUAUCAAUUCACAAUGGCUUACGCAUACUGGAAAGCUAACAAACAUCAAGAACGUGCCGUGUUUGAUUUGUAUUUUCGGAAGAAUCCUUUUGGAGGGGAAUAUACUGUCUUCGCUGGUUUAGAAGAAUGUGUGAGGUUCAUUUCUAAUUACAAGCUAUCUGAGGAUGAGAUUCAUUUUAUUAAGCAAAAUUUACCUGCUUCAUGUGAGGAUGGUUUCUUUGACUAUCUUAGAGGAAUUGACUGUUCCGAUGUUGAGGUGUAUGCUAUUCCCGAAGGAACUGUUGUUUUUCCUAAGGUACCCCUGUUGAGAAUUGAAGGUCCAGUUGCCGUUGUUCAAUUGCUGGAAACACCCUUUGUCAAUCUAAUUAAUUUUGCAUCAUUAGUUACUACUAAUGCUGCCAGGCACCGUUUUGUUGCUGGGAAAUCUAAAACUUUACUUGAGUUUGGUCUAAGAAGGGCUCAGGGACCUGAUGGGGGAGUAAGUGCAUCAAAAUACUGUUAUAUUGGAGGCUUUGAUGCGACAAGCAAUGUUGCAGCAGGAAGGUUAUUUGGGAUUCCCCUUCGCGGCACUCAUUCCCAUGCCUUCGUAAGCUCAUAUAUGAGCUUUGAUGAGAUUGCAGACAAAGCACUGCGUACAAAAGAUGGUUCAAGUACAUGUGAAGAUUUUGUUAGUUUGGUUCAAAAAUGGCUGAACAAAAUUAAGUGGUCAAACUCAUUCCGUGGCAUUUUUUCUGAGACCAAUCAAAGUGAGUUGGCAGCAUUCACAUCAUAUGCAUUGGCAUUUCCUGAUAACUUUCUUGCCCUUGUAGACACUUAUGAUGUCAUAAGAAGUGGAAUUCCUAACUUCUGUGCAGUUGCAUUAGCUCUCAGUGAUUUAGGAUACAAAGCAGUUGGCAUUAGACUGGACUCUGGUGACCUUGCAUAUUUGUCUUGCGAGACUAGAAAGUUAUUUUGUUCCAUAGAGAAGGAAUAUGAAUUGUCCUAUUUCGGGAAGAUGAGUAUCACAGCUAGUAAUGACCUUAAUGAGGAAACAUUAGAUGCUUUAAAUAAACAGGGUCAUGAGGUGGAUGCCUAUGGAAUUGGGACAUACUUGGUUACAUGUUAUGCACAAGCAGCUUUAGGUGUUGUUUUCAAGCUGGUUGAGAUAAACAAUCAGCCCCGUAUCAAACUUUCUGAAGAUGUCUCAAAGGUCUCUAUUCCUUGUAAGAAGCGAAUUUAUAGAUUGUACGGGAAAGAAACUUAUCCCUUGGUAGACAUAAUCACCGGGGAAAAUGAACCCCCUCCAAAGGUGGGAGAAAGAAUAUUGUGUCGUCACCCCUUUCAAGAGUCUAAGAGAGCAUAUGUAGUGCCACAGCAUGUUGAGGAGCUUCUAAGAUGUUACUGUGCUGGGAGUUCAGAUAAAAAGCAAGAAACCUUACCACCUUUAAAAGACAUAAGAGACCGAUGCAUCAAGCAACUUGAACAAAUGCGACGUGACCACAUGAGGAGACUUAAUCCAACUCCAUACAAGGUUAGUGUCAGUGCAAAGUUAUACGACUUCAUUCAUUUCUUGUGGCUCAAUGAGGCACCUGUUGGGGAGCUGCAGUAACAAAGGAGAUAAAAUAGCAUGCCUUUUAUGAUUGGGCUAAAAGGAAUGCAAUAGAAGUUUAGUACAGUCAGAGUACAUAAUACAUGUUUUCAAAAUGUUUAAAUUAUAUGCUUCUGUAUAUUGGAGUAUUGAUUAUUCUUUCAAGAAUUGGGCACAAAACUAACUUGGCCCUUCGGGGAAUUGCCUUCUUUGCAAUUUUGUAUUUUGGCUACAUGUAAUAUUAUUAUAUAACUAAUUUUCAAAGCAGAUGUAGCAGAUCUAAUAGUUUUACUCUCAUGAUGCAGAAAAUGAGUCAAGAAUUUUAAACUUGAUUUA